GCCCCCCUUCAUGUUGCAUGGUCACAACCGUAUCGAGCAGAGCGGUUCAUGCGUCAUUAAGCGGUACGACUGAGAAAGAGGCGAAAUGCCGUGAGAUUCCAACGUGAAGACAGGCUCUGUCGCACCUUGUUAUAAAAUUCGAAGAAUAGACAUCCCGUAAUGUAUACUCCAAUUUAUAUAUAGUAGCACUUCAAGGUCAUUGGGCUGGUCGGAGAGGAAGUUCAACUAAUUGUGAACUUCGUAUGCAUUGGCCAUGCUAAAGCUCAUCUGUUCGACAUCUAUCGCGACUUUCACAUUCGCAAGUGUUCGCAAGAGACGUUAGCUGUUGGUUGCCCGUGUGGCCCGUGGUGCGACUUGUGAAUACUUCUGUCAUUUUUGUAAUCUUUGCUGUCUUCUUUGGAAAAUAUAUAUGACAUUAUGUCCAGCGAAUUUUAAUAAAGCUGUAUUUUGAUUUUGAAGUGUUUGGUUGACAACCAAUUAACAGACGUUCAUGGAGAAGAGAGAAAGGCGUGAGCGACAUCGUCGCAGUCAAGUUCAAAACCAGCGACACCAAGGAGGCUAUGGCAACAGAGACAACAGAGAAGGUGGAGACAGCAGGAGAGACACGAGGGACAGCAGGGCACCUGUACCUAAGCCGAUCCCAAACGACCAAAAGGUCAUUGAUCACACAGCUAUCCCUGACCCUCACAUGUUUGACAACUUGAAGCGAGAAACAGAUGACAUAGCUGCUCUCCAGGUCAAGAAACAUGGUGGCAAGCGACAAAUCUUCAGUAACUGGGCAAAGUAUGAGAUUCCUCCAGAGGAUCCAGAUGAAGAUCAGGCAAUUGGAGCAGAUUUUGAGACUCUGCGACAGGCUGCACAAUUGGGGUCACACCUUCAGCUACGAAGUGAGCGCAGUUGGGACCCCAAGGGGCUACCCACCCAGAGUGCUGCGUUUACCAUUGACCUGGGAGUGUUGGCUGCAGCACUUGCUUGCCUGCCUCUUUACGAGAAACUUGAGCUUCCACUUGAUGUAUUUUCCACUGACGAACUCGAACAUAUGGAACAUCAGGCACGCUUUGGUCGGGAAACUUGGCGUCAGAGGAGCGCCAAGGGUGUACCCCAGCAGGCCAAAGAGGGACUGGCACUCUAUGGUUCCAUCUUGGAAAAACUCACCGGUUCACCUUCUUCAGACAAUGCAUUGGGUAAUACCAAUGUUACAAAGGAUGCAGAAAGAGAGCAAUCGCCAGAUAACUCGACCAAGGACACCUUUGACUUUGGAACAGUUCCCUCGCGUUCUGCUGGGUCUAACAUUAGAAAGAGUGCUGACAGAGAACAAACACCAGAUAAUUUGGCCAAGGAUAAGUUUGAUUUUGGAAUGGAGUCUUCCUCUGGAGGUGUCAUUAGGAAGAGUACAGAAAGAGAUCAAACACCUGACAACUCAAUCAAAGCCUCUUUCAACUUCGAAACAGAGCCUUCACAUGUUUCUUCUAGGCAUGCCAUUAGGAAGAGUGCAGAAAGAGAGCAAACACCUGAUAACUCUGUCAAAGACUCCUUUGACUUUGGAACAGGGUCUUCACAUGCUUUCUCUAGACAAGACAAGAGGGAGAGUGUUGAGAGAGAACAGACUCCAAAUAAUGUAGAAAAGGAGACAGUAGUCUUGACAUCUCUUCCUUCUUCUGAAACACUUGCCUCUACCUUAGGAAAAGAAAGAGAUUUUGAAUCAGCAGGAGCAGCCUCUCAAGCAAUUGAAGUAGAGGCUGUUGAUGUGCAGAAGGAAGAGCCUGCUCAUCCACCCGUGGGUGCGUCUUUUUCUGUCAGCGAGCCUCUGCUGCAGUCAGAAGCCCAGCCCCAGCUGCUGAAUCCAACUGCUUCGGAGUGGACCAAGAAGAAGUCAAGAAGUGGCAAGAACAGAGCAAACAAGCGGCGAAGCUGGGGGCAGGACAACGACGCUGACGAAACUGUGAACCAUCUCCCAAGUGGUACAAGCCAGGCGCCAUCAUUACCCGCCCUGUCUCAGAACGAUCCCCAAAAGAAUUCAGUUGAUCAGCCCGAGUCAAGAUCCGUCCCUAAAGAGAAGCUUUCGCACACCCCUGCUCCUACUCAACAUCAGUCGGAGGUGUCAAUACCAACCACAUCUCAAGUUUCUGAGAAGGAAAAGUCACCUCACACUCAAGUACCAAUGACACCUGAAGCCCCCAAGCCAGUAGUCUCUGCUUUUGUGAACAAGGAGAAACCUCGUCGCGGUGAGAGGCAAAGGGACCCCGAACCUCAAAUGGUCAAGGAGUCUCCUUCUAUGCCUUUGGCAGUUCCCAAAGAGAAGACUGCUCGGCAGCAGCAGCAGCAACAACAUCAGCAGCAGCAGCAGCUACAACAACAACAACAACAACAACAGCAACAACAACAGCAGCAGCAGCAACAGCAACAACAACAACAACAACAACAACAACAGCAACAACAGCAGCAGCAGCAGCAGCAACAACAACAACAACAACAACAACAGCUACAACAGCAGCAGCAACAACAACAACAACAACAGCAACAGCAACAGCAAAAGGCAGUCUCCAGGAGUACUCCUGCCCGUGAAAUUCCUCAGAAUGCCCCUGGCAAUCCUUCCCCUCGCAAGGAGGAGGACCAGCUGGACUUCCUACUUUCACUGCGGAAACCUGUCACUGCACCUCAACAUCUCAACUUUGCAGCCCCCACCUCUGCUGUGAGGGCCACUAUCGAUGAAGAUGAAUCUGUGGCUGCUACGCCUACUCCUGUAAUAGAGAAAAAGACAGAAGAUUUGGAGGACUGGCUCGACUCUAUGUUGGAUGACUAAGUUUACAGCUUCCAUCGGAUUGAUACAAUAUGAAUCUCUAAAGCUCUUCUUAUAAUUAACUUAUUUUCAACGUAUAUUUCUUUGUUUAACAAAAUUCAAGCCAAUCAGUUUUUGUAUCCUAUAUUUCCAUAAAUCUGAUAUGAGAUGAUAGAGUAAGUUAUAUCAUCUCAAUGCUCCAUAGCUUUCAAAUAUGUGGAAGUUCGUACAAAAAAGCUGUAUGAUUGCUUGAAGCGACCUUUUCUUGCAAAACUCAACUAGCUUUAAUUUAAAAUUAUGUAAUUUGUAUUGAUAGUCAUUAUUGUUGGUGGAUUUCAGCUAAAAGUUGAGUUUAUUUUGCAGGUUUUCAAGGUGUAAAUUUAAUAAAAUGUCUAGGAGAAGGAGGAACAAAGAUUGGUAAUAAAUUGACUUCCUAGAAGUCGUUUUAGUUUUUCAAAAUUUGUUUGUUUCAAGUUUCAGAAAGGAAAUUAACAUAUUCAUGAGAGCCUUCAUUCAAUUGACUUUUCUUACACUUCAUCCCUUUUAAGAACAAUAAUCAACAUGUAGUGUUCAAUUAAUAUCAGUGGUGAAAAUAAUUUGUGUUGUAAGCACAUAAUUUCUUUUUCUUCAUAAAUAAUCUAGGAUUAUUGGGUUUACUCAAUUCUAAUAUCAUUGAAUCUCGGUUCUAUCAUCCUCAUGAGAGUUGGAGUGUUUUAUAAAUAACAGUAACAAUAAAAUUGCAUAUAUUGGAUGCUUGACGUUAUAUAUACAAGAGUAUGCUGGAGUAUGCUUUCGAAGGAGUCUUACAAAUUGUAUGCCAACUGAAUACGAAUUUAAUUCUGUUCUUUUGAAGUAGCCAGGAUCUUGCGUAUAUUUAAAAUGUUAUUUCACAUGAUUUCCAACAUUUGAUAAUUAAAUUUGUCCCAUAUCUUUAUUUAUUUAUUUUUAUCAGCAUUUUUAUAGUUAACCCUUAAACAGAAUCAUGUUGAGAGACCAUAAUAAGAAAUAUCCAGUUCAGGGAUCUUGGAAUAUGCCCCUCAAUUUAUUUGCUAUUUAUUUAAACUUUUUUGAUUAUUUUUGGGAAGAAAGCAAUAAAACAACUUAAUGAUUUAGUAUAACAUAUUUUCAAAAAUAAAAAUUACAAACAGCAAAAACAACACUGAAUUAUCAAAAAGUAUAAAUUGGAGCUGCAUGAUCGAUAUUUUUUCUCUUCUCAGCAGUUUCACAUUUGUAUAUGAAACAAUGGUUCCAAUUGUUUCUUGUUCAAAAAAACACUCCCAAAGUUCUCUUAAGCUAUGUUUUUCCAAUCCAACAAUGUUCGCCAGGAAACAGGCAACCACAAAGCAAAGGACAAUGCACACUCUGUGUGAACAAUUGGUUAACAUGAAGGAAGGAUAGGGCAGCUGCAUUCCAAACAGUUUUCACAGUACAUGAAAUAACAAUAGCAGAGCAAUAUUUCUGAGUAAGGGUUAACAGAGUAAUAAUCUGACUGAGUGAAACUAAUGAGUGGUUAUUAAUAUUAUUAUAUAAUAUCAUUUCCUGUUUUCAGCUUGUGAAUGUUGCCACAACCUUCUUUCUUUAGUUACUUUAUUUAUUUAUUCAUUCAUUCAUUCAUUCAUUCAAAUUACAUUAAUUGAUAUGUAUGUUCUGAGCUAUUUUCAGUCAAAAAAUAAAAAGAUAGUAAAGCAUAUAAUAAACAUUACUUCACGUUUACGUCAUGUUUCUGGACAUUUUCAGCAACUAUUUUUUCUAGUGCUAUUAACUACAUCUUAUUGCUUCAUGCCACAUCAAUGUAAAUUUUCCAAAAGUACUCUUUGAAAUUUUCUUUCUUUCUGUACAUUUUUAUUUAUUGCUGGAUAUUUGUACUUGUUUUAUUCUAGUUGAUUUUGUUUCACUCUCCGUCCCUCGAUAUUCAGAGUAGUUUUUACUAAUAGAAAUUUAAUGUUUAUUUGUGAAAUUUUCUCCCUUUUCCUUUCUUAUUUUUCAUAUAUAAUUUGCUCUAAACAUUUUAUAGUACACUACAGAGUUUUGCUAAAGAUCCUUUGCUUGGGAGAAACUUGAUAACUUUUUUACUAUGGGAUAAUAAUGAAUGUAUUCUGCAAUUUCAGAGAUGACUUGUUCGUAUGCAACAAAUUCCUGAGAGGUUGCAUAGUCUUGCUGAAGUAAAAUAUACUUGUGCAACGUGUGCUAUUAUUAUUACAUAAACUUAAUAAUCGGAGGGAAUUAGAGCAUAUUGUAAUUUGGAUUAUUUUUGCAAUUGCAAGACAGGUAGGUUUAUGAAAAUAUCAUACACUGACUGUUAAAUUAUUACAUCCUUGGUGCUAUACAUGGCUGGCAAGAUACGGUGCUGUGUCAGCUGAUGUAAAUAGAUGGACAAUGGUUGACUGAAUGUUCCUUCUAUGCCAAAAUGAAUCUAUGUAGGGUUUUUAGCUGUAGUUUUUGUUGCUAUAAUUCAAUUGUACUGAGCUGUCUGUGAUUGAAUCACUUGUGAAAGAAACAUUGUGAACUGUAUUUAUUGUAAAAGAAAUUAAUAAAGGUAUCUACUAUGA